AUGUUUGAUGAUUUGUGCCGAUUGUGUUCUCAACCUCAUUACGAGAAAGCAUUGGAAAUAUUUAGUAAACAAUAUGUUGAAAACGGUGUAACGUUAGGAGUAAUAAUACAAAAAUGUAUAAAUAUUGAAAUUGAUGAAAAUGAUAGAUUACCCUUUAAGAUUUGUCAAGAAUGUCAUUACAAACUUUUAAUGUACUACGCUUUUCAACAACAGUGUGAAUAUGUAAAUUGUCAAUUUCGUCAAAAAUUGAUAUUAGAACAAAACCUUGAUGAAAAACCAAGGCAACCAAAUCAAGUUAUUCAAGAAGUGCCAAUAACAUCUAAUGAUGAAGAUUCUGAAAAAGGUAAAGAUGAGUCUAUUUCUUUUUCCAAAAUGGUAUCCCAAAUAGAAAAUGAACAAGAAUCCAUCAAAACAAGUAGUCAAAAAGAUAUUUCCAAAGUACCCCAAUUAAAAGAAAAUCAAGAAUCAGCAAAUAAUAUUAAUAAACAUAAUUCCCCAAUAAGUAUGUGUUAUCUUUGCGGUGCAUUAGUGAAACGCAUUCAUUCCCAUAUGAAAGCUCAUAGAGAUGCUGAAAAGCCCAAACUAAAACAAUACAAAUGUGAGAAAUGUGGAGCUGCCUUCAGUCGCUCAAAUCAUUUAAACAUACAUCUUAAAACACAUCUAGAUGUUAAGCCUCUGCAAUGUACAUUAUGUGAUAAACGGUUUAUUGCAAAACGUUACUUAGAUAAGCACAUGAAUGUUCAUGCGGGAAUGAGGCCUUGGAAAUGCCAGUUUUGUGCGAAAGCAUUCCAAACUAAAUACAAUCUGAAUACACACGUAAGAGUACAUACUAGAGAAAAACCAUUUAAGUGCCCGUUUUGUGAGCAAUGUUUUAGACAAAGAGCUGCGCUUAAUUUGCAUGUACGCGCACACAGAAAUACAAACGUUAAUUGAUCUACUUUAUUUCAUUUCAAAUAAUAGUGAAUUAUUUUGAAAUCUUGAAAUAUAUAUUAUAACAGGACCCAAAUGAUAACAGAGGGAUUCUUGUGGAACAUAAG